AUGGAGAUGAGCGUCUCUGUCGGCCAUCACUGGCUCUUCUUUUCCGUGUACCUGGUGGUCUUCCUCGUGGGACUGCCCCUCAACGUGCUGGCCCUGGUGGUCUUCGUGGGCAAGCUGCGUCGCCGCCCGGUGGCCGUGGACUUACUUUUGCUCAACCUGACCCUGUCGGACCUGCUGCUGCUGCUGUUCCUGCCGUUUCGCAUGGUGGAGGCAGCCAGUGGCAUGAGGUGGCUCCUGCCCUAUAUCUUAUGCCCCCUCUCGGGGUUUCUCUUCUUCACCACCAUCUAUCUCACCUCCCUCUUCCUGAUGGCUGUGAGCGUCGAACGUUUUCUGAGCGUGGCCUACCCACUGUGGUACAAGACUCGGCCACGACUGGGGCAGGCUGGUCUGGUCAGUGGCAUCUGCUGGUUCCUGGCAUCAGGUCACUGUAGUGUGGUUUAUGUCAUUCAGUACUGGGGAAACACCACCCACAGCCAGGGGAUCGAUACAACCUGCUACCUGAAAUUCCGGGAGGACCAGCUGGCUGUGCUCCUGCCUGUGAGGCUAGAGAUGGCUGUGGUCCUCUUUAUGGUGCCCCUUUGCAUCACGAGUUACUGCUACAGCCGGCUUGUGUGGAUUCUCAGCCGGGGAGCCAGCCGGCGCCGGCGCAAGAGGGUGAUGGGGCUUCUGGCAGCCACACUGCUCAUCUUCUUCGUCUGCUUCGGCCCCUACAAUAUGUCCCACGUGGUGGGCUAUGUCCGGGGUGAGAGUCCAACCUGGCGGAGCUACGUGCUCCUCCUCAGCACGCUCAACUCUUGCAUCGACCCCCUUGUCUUCUACUUCUCAUCCUCCAAGUUCCAAGCCGACUUUCAGCAGCUCCUGGGGAGGCUGACCAGAGGCUGUGUGCCGUGGACUCAGGAAGUCAGCUUGGAACUGAAGGAAAAGAACAGAGAAGAGCCGUCCAAGGAGUGUCCAAGCUAGCGUAAAGGAUGGACCGGAGGAGGGGUAUGGAAGCAUUGACCCAGUGCUGGCCCCGAGAUCUCCGGGGAUCAGGAAGGAGUAGGGCAUUCAUUCCCUAGCUCAGGAGAGACGCGACUCCUGGGACAGGCUGGAGACACAGCUGUCACUCGGCUCUCCCUGGACCUGCUCACAUUCCCAACUCUCCAUGGUGCCCUCCUUCCCACCCUCUCACUCUGGGACUUUGUAAUGGCGAGAGACUUCUCUGGAAGAGUGAGCCCAGCCUCUGCAGCGGCCAAGUGUUUCAGUGCCUUCAUGGGGGGCCGCCCAGGGCUGGAGCUGAGCUGGGGACCUGGGAUGGGGGAAGGGUACAAGCCACUGACUCUUGGCUCUUCAGAGUGGGAGAGACAGGGUUCCAGGGGUGAGGGAACAAUCUGCCCUGGUGAGGGUUUUCCAGGGAGUUCCCACUGCUCCAUAAAUUCAGAUCCUCUGGGAUACUUAUGAACAAUGGCAG